AUGAUCCAUGGUCCAUGUGGCGCAUUCAAUUACAAUUCUCCAUGCAUGUCUGAUAGGACAUGCACGAAACGAUACCCCAGAAACUUGGUUUCUGAUACCAUCACUGGCAAUGACGGAUACCCACUGUAUCGUCGACGAUCAGUUGAGGAUGGCGGCAAAUCCAUCGUUCUGAAAGUACGAAACGUUGAUGUUGAAGUCGAUAAUCGUUGGGUUGUGCCAUGUUCACCGUUGUUCUCAAAGGCCUUCAAAGCACACAUUAAUGUUGAGUAUUGCAAUUCAUUGAAGUCGUUCGAAUACAUUUGCAAAUAUGUCAACAAAGGAAGCGGCAUGGCAGUCUUCGGAGUAGGGAAUGUGGCCGCACAGCUCGAUGAAAUCAACCAAUACCAACUUGGACGCUACAUUAGCAGCAAUGAAGCACUAUGGCGCAUCUUAUCAUUUUCAAUCCAUGAACGACAUCCAACAGUAGUACACUUAGCGGUACAUCUCGAGAAUGGACAGCGCGUGUACUUCACAGCAGAUAAUAUACGUGCAAGAGCAUUGGUUCCACCGGCAACAACUUUAACUGAAUUUUACUCACUGUGCCAGGAUGAUAUUUUUGCAAAGACUCUACUUUAUUCUGAGGUACCGAAAUUCUACACAUGGAAUUCAACGUCGCAAACAAGGUAA